UGCAUUCAAGGCAGGAGGGACAGCCUAUGCAAAGGCAUGGAAAAGAGCAAGGAUGCCAGUUUGUCUGGACAGAAAAAAGCAUGAAGGAGAGUCAUGUAUAAUAAGCCUAGUAAGGUAUGUGGAAGCAAAUGUAAAGGGCUUUCAAUGUCAAAAAUUGGAGUUUGUUUUUUAUCCUAGAAAUAAAAGAGACCCACCGGGGUUUCUUUAGCAGUGGAAUAAUGUGGGAAAGUUAGUUCUUUAGAAAAUACCACUUGAGAAACUAAAGGGAGUACAGUUUAGAGAGACUUAAGUUACAAAGGCCAGCGAAAAAACUAUUGCAAUAGUUCGAUACAAAGGUGUUGAAGAUCUGAAUUGGAGUGGUAGCCAUGUGAGUGAAAAGAAAGGGGUACAUGAGAAAGACAGCAUGAACUCACAGUGGCUUGGUAAUUGAGUAGAUAUGUGGGCUAAGGUAGAGUUAGGAGUCAAGGAAGACUCUAACAUUGUCAAGAUGGAAGGAUGGUAGUGUCCUCAAGGAAACAAGGAUUUUGAAAAAAGGAUGUGUUAAGGGGGAAAGGGAAUAAAUUGUGUUUUGGACUGUCUACAGGAUAUCUGGUUCCAAAUGUCCAUUAGGCAGUUAGUGAUUUGGAACUGGAGACUAGAGGUUGAUGUUUAGAUCUGGGAGUCAUCUGUGAAAAGGCAGUAAUUGAAUACAUAAUUGAACUGAUGAGCUCAACAUGAGAAAGGGUAGAGAAAGGAUAAAGCCUUGACUUGCAUCCACAGGCAGGAGACAUUCUGAGACUAGUAAUCUAACAAAAGAUACUGAGCAGUAUUCAGAUAGGCAAGAGAACCAAGAGGAGUCAGUGUCACAAAUUACAGAGAAAAGAAACUGUCCAGGAGAAUAUUCUCCAGUACCAAAUGCUGAAGAAUUGAGUUGACAAAAGGCCAUUGGAAUUAGCAAUAAAGAUAUCAUUAUCCAUUAAAUCUGGAGAUAGUAGUGUUGGUUGUAUGAUGUGUGGAUUCAGAUUUCAAGGGAUUAAGAAGCAAGAGAAAGGAGAGGAAAUGGAGACAGCACAGAGUAAUGGAAGCUGAUCAUCAGGCUUGUAUACUUAAGUUUCAGAAGAGAAAAGUAAAAAGGCUUGGAGGGUAGAAGAAGAAAGCCACCCAGAAGACAGUUGAUUAGUAUAACACCUAGAUCUACUGACAUAGAGCAAUGCAAUGAACCAUAUGUAAUAGGGGGGACAACAAGAAACAUGCUGAUCCCCUUCUUCUCUGUGAGAAGUGGGGAGAAUGAGAAAAGGGACACCUUAUCUAAAGACAGAGCACAGAUAUGUAGUGUCUCUUCCAGAGGAAGCCAAGUUUCUCUGAUUGCAAGAAGGAAAAAGUGUGAGAGGAAGAGAAUCAGGCUGAAAUUUACGAACUACAGUAGAAUGGAGGAGGAAGUCAGAGAGUAGUGUGUGUGUGUGUGUGCGUGUGUGUAAAUAGAACUAAAUUGGAUAAGGAUCCUUUGAGUGGUUGUAGGAUUAAAGGAAAGGAAGAAGGAAGGAAUUAAAGAGAGGAAGGGGAGAAGGGAGAAGGGGUAAAAGAACAAGAAGAGAAUAGAAGGGAAGAAGGAAAACAGAGAAAGGAAAAGGACUGGGGCGGGGGAGGAGGAAAGAAAGUGGGAAAGAAGGGGAAGAGAUGAAGACAUGGGAAGGGGGGAAAGGGAAGAAAGGAAAAAGGAAAUUGGAAGAGAGAUAAAAGGAGAAAGAUGAAGGAUGCAGAGAUACGAGAAAAAAAGGGAGGGAGGAAGUAGGAUCCUUGUCGAUGUCCGGAAUGGUCAUUUGCAGAGCAGCAGCGCCAAGCUCUCAGGAGAAGCUAAUUGGGGACUUGUUUGGCAAUCCUUCCUCCCUCCAACCCUGUUUCCCCCCCUCCCUCUGAAGUUCUCUGGGCAGCAUCUGCUUUUAUCACCCAGUGAGCCCACAAGAGAAAAAAACGAGACUGAGCCGAGAGAGACCAGAGGAGGUUCUUGCCGAGGCUGGCUACUGACAUCGGCGCUGGCCCCGGCAGGGUGCGGAAACGCAGUUUUUUCCUCAGGAUUGGACUGGCGGGGCAGCUAGGAGCGCACGUUGUCUCCUAGGGGCUGGGUCGGGGUGAGAGCUGGGGCUGCCGAGAGGAGAGUGGCCCGAGGUGAGAGGUGAGGGGUGGCUCGGCCGCAGGGCCCCCGCGGCCAGGGGGCAACGCGGCUUUCCCGGCUUGGCCAGGUGCGCUCAGGUUGGUCAUUUCGAUCCGACCUGCGGGGCGGCGGCAUGGAGUGGGAACUCAACUUGCUGCUUUACCUGGCCCUCUUCUUUCUACUGCUCUUCUUACUCUUCCUCCUGCUCUUCGCCGUCAUCAAGCAGCUGAAGAACUCCAUCGCGCACACCGCCGGGGUGCUGCAGCCGAGCCGCCUCUCGCUGCCCCGGGAGCCGUGGGGCUUCUGCCGGGAGCAAGCGGUGUGAACCGGCCAGGCUGGGCGCGCGGCUCCGGCCCAUUCGAGCGCCUAGUCCGCUUUCCCUCCGGUCCAGCCCACCCCAGCCUCCCCAUCAGUUCCAGCUCCAGGUCAGGCAAGCUCCGACUGCAGAAAGCCCUCGGGCUAUCUCCUACAGCUGUAGCGGUUUCCACUCUAGCUCCUUAACUGAGUAGAGCCCCAGCGCUUUGCCCCCGAGUCCGCUAACCCUCGGCUCCACCUCUGCUCUAACUCUGAUUCGUGUGGGUCUGGCCCAAGCCACCUCCUGACCUGUGGCUCGGCGGCCCUCAGGAGUGGGGAGGUGCGGCUACUCCUAUCUCCUCCUUGGCAAUGACCCGAGAUCAGCUGGUCCAGG